AUGGCGAAAAUAACAGACACAAUUACACCAUCUUUUCCACGUCGACGUAUAUACAACAACAUUUUAGAGACGGUUGGAGGCACUCCAUUAGUCAAAUUGAACAAAGUAGUUGAAUAUUACAAGAUAGAUCCCUCCACGACUAUUCUUUUAAAAUUAGAAUUCUUUAAUCCUUUAUCUUCUGUCAAAGAUCGAGUUGCUUUCAACAUAGUGUAUCAAGCUCUUCAAGACGGUCGUUUGCGUCCAGGAAUGGAACUGAUAGAAGCCACCUCUGGGAACACAGGAAUUGGUCUUUGUGGGGUUGGUAAUGCAUAUGGCUUUAAAGUGAACAUAGUGAUGCCGACCAACGAAUCCCUUGAGCGUAAGUUGAUAAUAAAAGCGUGUGGCGCGACUUUAAUAGAGACUGAGAGUUCUCUUGGGAUGCAAGGCUCCAUUGCUUUAGUUGACAAAAUGGUGAAGGAAGACCCACAGAAGUAUUUUGCAACGAACCAAUUUGCAAACCCAGACAACACAAAUGCACAUCAAUCAACUGCACGUGAAAUUUGGGAAGAUACUAAUGGAAAGGUAGACAUCUUUGUCUCUGUUAUUGGAACGACUGGAACGCUCAUUGGUGUUGGUGAGAACCUGAAAAAGAAAAAGAAAGAUUUUAAAGUGAUAGCUGUUCAAUGGGAUAGAAUACCAUGUGGAGGACCAUAUCUUCCCCUUUGUUGUGAAAGAAGUGGUGGGUUUGUACCUUCGAUAUUUAAAAGUGAAGUAGUUGAUGAUGUAGUGAUGUACAAAAUAGAAGAUGCACUCAAAAUGGCACGAGCGGUGUGUAAGUACGAUGGGAUUAUGAUUGGGAACACUGCAGGACUUGCUGUUUUAGCAGCACUGAAAGAAGCAACUAAAAGUGAGAACAAAGGGAAAACCAUUGUAGUUAUAAUACCAUCCUCAGGUGAAAGAGACAUGUCGACGGAGUUGUAUAACACAGUGGAUAUUGGAAGUAAAACAGAAAUUUUGGAUGAACUUUUGAAUUGA